GGCUCAUAUCUGGUGGUUGUACAACAGCUAAACAUGUAGUUGCCCAUAAGUGGAACAAGAAGGAGGAACCUGAGGAAGUGUCAGAGGAAGCUAAACAUAUCUUAUUAAAUACAGAAUGUCAAACUACGGAGGGCCGUACGAGUGGGGAAACGCUUGGGACGGAACAGAAUUUGAAUCAAUAAUCGACGAGUUGAUUGAGAAAACUGAUAGGAACAAAGAACAGCUAGACAAAAUUCAGGCAACCCUGGAUUCACUAGAGAGCGAUCAUAAUGCCCUCAAGAAUAAAAUAGUAGGUCCACUACAAUAUGAAUUUGAAGCUUUUAAAAUUGACACAAUAAAAACAGUUGUAAAGAUAUACAAGAAUCUAAAUGAAAAAUAAUUUUUUGUAACAGGAAGUAUACAACUGUGGGAAGCAGCUGGGUGGGCUAGGGGAAUGCUGCUCCAUAAACUGGUGAAUAAAAUAGCCCAAAAAAUUUUUACAUAUAUAGUAUAGAGAAGAUGGAGAAAUUAUUCAGGAACAAAAAGUUGAAUGUUAGUGUAAGAAUUGUUAAGAGUGGUGAGGAGGUACUGUUUUACGCAAAAGAUGUGGCGGAAUCUCUAGGGUACUCAAACCCUCAAAAAGCUAUCAGAGACAACGUUUGGAAGUCAAAUAAGGCAACGGUGAGAGACUUCCAAAGGGUACCCAGCCAGUUCACCUUAGAAAAAUGUCACCCACAAACAAUUUUACUAUACGAACCAGGAUUAUACAAACUAAUAUUCAACUCAAGACUUCCAAUAGCUGAGGACUUUCAGGAUUGGGUAUUUAGUGAGGUGCUUCCAUCUAUUCGUAAAACAGGCUCAUAUGAAUUACCAGAUAGAAGGUCACUCAGGUAUAACCAGAUGAUCCUCAUAAACGAAACGGACCUCCACCACACAGUUGUGAGUUACAUUAGGAACAACCACCCUAAGGCUGUAAUAGUACCCGGUCUUGGUGAGUACCAGGAUACAGUGUCAAAGAGAUGUGAUGCCUGGAAGAAGGGCUAUAAAGGUGGUCAGCCAGAUCUUAUUAUAGAGAACCCCGUGGGGGAGUACACAGGAUUCGCAAUUGAAUUUAAGUCUCCUAAGGGCACUGGUAUUACAAGCGAGGGAAAUAGGGUACAUGACAAUGAUAUCCGACGAUCUGAUACAAAUCUGUAUUAGAAUUAACGAGUACUUCUCACUUAAGAAAAAAGUGGUUAAAAAUGUAGUUAGCGAUGUAAAGUUGUACAAACAAAAGUUCACAUCACACAAGUACUAGUUUACUGCCAAGUAGACUUGAGACAUCUUGCAAGUUAUCUCACCAGUAGAUUUGAGUUAUCUUGCAAGUAAAUUCAAGUUAUCUUACAAGUAAAUCUAAGAUAUCUCAUAAGACGAAACCAAGUUAAACCUAUGGUAUCUUACAAGUAGAAUGGAAGAUAAACCUGAGCAAAUUCAAGUAUCAGUAACAAGUGAAAAGAAGAAGGACCCUAGAAGAGUAGCUGCAGGGAAACGACUAGCUGCAAUCAGUAGAAUAGCAAAGGAGAGGAAAAAGAAACUGGCUGAACCUAACGAGUUACUUAGUAACGACAGUAUGAUUACCUACAUAGGAGUGGCCAUUGCAUUGAUAUCCCUAGUGCUAGCAUAUAAAACGCAUCAGAGGGAAACUAAGGAACUAAAACCUGAGUUCAUCCCUAAAACUGUAGAAGUAACUAAGAAAGCUGAUGAGUCCAAGUUAGAUUCACUUGAAUGAUACAUUAAACAUACCAUAUACUAUAGCAAGAUGAGUAAAGAAUCAAAGAUGACUAUGGAAGUGUACAAUGCAGUGUUACUUACAGCAGGAGCAGCUGGUAUAUCAAUGGCAUCAAAGAAACUAUUAAAAGAACCGUUAGGUACCCCAGAGAAUGUAAAGGGAAUGGUGAAGUUAGCUAUUUCAGUUAGUCUUUCAUCUCUACUGGUCUCUUACUUGAAAGAAAAGAAGUAUCUACCAGAUGAUCCAUUCAAAACCUAGGUAAGACUAUAUAAUGGCGGGAGCAGUAGCAGGAGGACUUUUUAAUGCAUUUGCAGGAGCAGGAUACCUAUUUAAAAUGUUUGACAACAAUGGAUAUGCUAAGGAAGCUCAUAGACAUAACCUUGCAAUGGAGAACCUAACAGCUGAAAGAGAGAAGUACCUUGAGGAAGUCACUGAUAGAAGAAAUAGAAUUGCCCAACUGAAGUCAGAACUAGCUGAGGCAAAUAAGGAUAUUAAUUCAACGAACAAGUCGCUGGAACUCGUUAGAAGAAUCAAUGAGUUAACACAUAAGCCCAUGCCAAGAAUGCCACAAUUAAGUAAUCACUACAAACCUAGCUCUGAAAUGGAAGAAUAUAUGGCAAUCUUUGGUUUAAUUACAGGUGGGGUGGUUGGAAGGGCAGCUUAUUUAAUGCUAUAAAAAAUGCCACAAAAAUUUUCACAUAUAUAGUAUAGGGAAAUGGAAUGGUUACAGAUGGCAACACCUGAGGAGAUAGCACAUGUAGGUAAAAGGGUAAAUACACUGGAAGAGUUAGAGGCUGCUGUGAGGAAGCACGCAGAGAGCAGAAUAAAGAGAGAACACACAUAUGAUCCAAUAUGUAGUGAAUGUGGGAGUAAGUCUAUAGUAAUGAUAGAUGGAGCAGAUACAUGCACACAGUGUGGUGCUAGUGAUAUGAAUAACUUCACAUACUACGUUAGUUACAACUACAACAAGGACGACUACCUGAAAAAGAAGUCUUGUCAUAAUAGAGUCCGUUGGUUUGAGAGACACUUAUUCGAACAUGUUGCUUCUAGGGAUAGGGACAUAAUAAGGGAGCAGUUUAGAAGCAUAGUAAGAUGUAUACAAAGACUUAGACUGCAAAGGGGGCGCAACAUAGUUAGAUACAAGUUUUACCUACUGAGGAUAGCCAGCAUGAACGGCAUCACCUUGAGGAACCCUCCCGAGGACAUCAAGACUCAAAAAAUUGUGGACAUCCUUGAGGAUAGGUUGUAUGGGAAGGUUUUUGUUGAGCUUGGAUGGAAACCUGAGAAAUGUGAAUAUUAUAAUAACUGGAAAAGUAAAAACACUUAAAGAAAUAUUAAUAUAAUAAAUCAAUAGAAUUAAACCAAAAAUAAAAGCACUUAAAGAAAUAUUAAUAGAAUUAAAUAAAAAAUAAAAACACUUAAAGAUAUACUGAUAUAAUAAAUCAAUAGAAUUAAACAAUAAAUUAAAUCAAAAAUAAAAACACUUAAAGAAAUAUUAAUAUAAUAAAUCAAUAGAAUUAAACAAUAAAUUAAAUCAAAAAUAAAUUCGAAAUAAAUUAAUAAUUAAAUACCCGAAUUUAUUUUUACAUAUAUAGUAUAUAGGAACUGUUAGAAAAUAUGGCGAGUUACUUGAACUUAGACGAAUUCAGUGUAGAACAACUUUUAGCUCUCAAUAGCAUUAUAGAUAGUGAUGACGAUAUGGAUACGAGGGUGGAGAACAUCAAGGCCGGCAAAAACUACAGGAUUGCACCUGACGAUAAGGGCAAAGAUCUCUUUGAAGGAGAAAGACAAUUCGUAGAUGAAGUUGACCGUGAUAUGGAGGUAAAGAAACCCAGACGCCUUCCCCUGAACUAUAAGGGAAGAAGGGGGAUUAUGCCCACAUGGAAAUACUCUGACAGGCAAAAGGCAAGGGCCUUACUUGUAGAGGAGGCAUACCAAAGUUUACUGUCCAAGGGUGUUCAAGGAUUACCACCAACGAUGGGAGGUAGAUGGCGCACGGAUGAUCCUCAGGUAAAUGAGGAAAUCAAGAGGAUUGAGAACGAGAGGAACCCUAAGAUCAAGCGUCCUAGAGGUAGACCACCAAAGGUAAAGUCUGAUACUGAAGUGAAGAUUCCUAAGAAGAGAGGUAGACCACCAAAGGUAAAGUCUGAUGCUGAAGUGAAGAUUCCUAAAAAGAGAGGUAGACCACCAAAGGCAAAGUCUGAUGUCAAGGUUAAAAGGCAAACUGUAGCUGAAAGAUUCCUGAGCCAGAGGAAGGUAAAACUCUCAGUACCUGCAGAUAGUGUCAUAACUCCGGCAGGUCCAGGUAAGUUCACAAUUCACGUGGAUCUUAAUAAGAGACCCAUCAGGAAAGCUCCUGAGGUGCCUAAGGGUGUAGCUCCAUGGAGACCUGUACCUAAGCCUAGAAUGGUACUUCCUAAGGAAAGACCUGUACCAAAACCUAGAACCAAGCUUCUCAGGGAAAAACCUGUACCUAAACCUAGAACCACCAAAGUAGUGUCUGCUCCUAAGUUACGUAAGCCUGCAAGAGUGUCGAGGGAAGUUAAGGAGCAGCCUAUAGUGGUUACACCAGAGGAACACGAAAUAGAUCCAUUUGGAACAGACCUCGAAAAGCCAUUCCACAGGAAAAUUGAAACAGCCGCAAAUGGAGCUGCUGUGACUUACUCGAUAACUCCUCAUUAUAUGGACCCCCUGGACCAGAUGACUGCAAGUAGACAGGUAGUGAGAGGAAUACUUGUGAAUGAGUUGAAGAGAAUGGGUGGGUUAAAGUACACGGAGACUAUAAAGGUGAGAAUGUCAAAAGAAAUUGGUAACGGGAAAACUAAAAAGGACUCGGUCUACUUCGAAUCAAAAACUGGUACUGUAACUAACUUCGAGGAUAUUGAAAGUACUGCUGCUCAAAACCAACUGACAAUAUUGUCUAGAAUUGAAACCUUCCAAAACUUAGGUUCAAAUUGGAUUAUACUCAAUAUUGAGAGUCAUUACGUAAACAUUGCAAUGUACAAACCGUUGAAGGGAAGUUCUUAUAUAAAACUUCCAGUGGACAUUAGUAAUCCAAGGUGUGGACUCAUCAAUAUGAAGAACAAUGACAACCUGUGUUUCCUGUGGAGUCAUGUAAGACAUCUGAGACCAAAAGUCAGGAGAGCAACCACUAUCACACAAAAAGACAGGGAUUUCAUAACGAACCUGGACUACAAGGGUAUUGACUUCCCCGUGAAGAUAAGUGAUAUUGAUAAAAUUGAGAGAAAAAACAGUAUAAACAUAUCUGUGUUUGGUUACAGUGGUAAGAAACAGUUCUACCCCAUAAGAAACUCUAAGGCUAAAUAUGACGAGCAUAUGGAGCUUCUACUACUAGGUGAUAGCGAAGGUAACAAUCAUUAUGUUCUCAUAAAGGAUAUUAAUAGAAUGUUGCACAGCGUAAGUAAACAUGAACAUAAACAACACUUCUGCUUACACUGUCUUCAUAGUUGUGUGAGCAAAGAGGUACUGGAUAAGCAUAAGGAGACAUGUCUGGAGGUAAAUGGAACUCAAGCUGUAAAGCUUCCCAAAGAAGGGACAAAAAUCAAGUUCAAAAAUCACAGGAACUCAAUGCCUGUACCGUUUGUGAUAUACGCUGAUUUUGAGUCAAUACUAGUACCAGAGGAGAGAAAAGUGGAGUCGGAACACUCUGAGGACAAAAGUAGUACAGACCUUUACCAGACACACAAGGCUUGUAGUUUUGGUUUGAAAACAGUCUGCCACUAUGAUGAUAAGUACUCCGGUGAGUAUAAGAGUUACGUUGGAGAGGAUGCUGCACUGGUCUUCCUAAAGACUGUAUUAAAAGAGUCCUUCAGAUGUAGAGAGAUGGUCAACAAUAUAUUCAAGAAGAAGAUGGUAAUUACACCCAGACAGAAAUUCGAAUUUCAAGCUGCAAGAAACUGCUCAAUAUGUGGUAACGAUCUUGGUGAGGAUAGAGUAAGAGACCAUGAUCAUGUAGCUGGGCUGUAUCGUGGAGCCGCUCACAAUAUAUGUAAUCUGAAAUACAGAAUUACAUGGAAAGUACCUGUUGUCUUCCACAACCUGAGAGGUUACGAUAGUCAUCUGAUUAUGCAGGAAAUUGGUAAGUUCAAGAUGGACGUUAAUGUGAUUCCAAAUAAUAUGGAAAAAUACAUCUCAUUCUCACUGGGUAAAAAUCUUGUCUUCAUAGACUCUAUACAGUUCAUGGCUUCUUCAUUGGAAGCACUGGUGAGUAACCUUUUACCUGAGGACUUCAGGAUAGUAGGUGAGAGGUGGAAAGGUGAGGACUUCAACCUAGUGACACAAAAAGGAGUGUUCCCAUAUGAGUUCCUCGAUGAUAUCAGCAAACUUGAUACCGAAGGUCUACCGA